AUGUUUGGCAAAGACUCAAGCAGAAGACGUCGGGGAGGGGGCGGAGCCUCAAACUCCAAUUCCACCACCAAUCCCAGUUCUGGCGGCAGGCCACCGCCGCCCGCCUCCUCCCGUGGCACGGCCUCCCUGACGGGGAACAGCAGUGUCUCGUCGGCGUGUCCCCCACCAGUCUCUGGGCGUGGUAGGGGAGGCAGAGCAGCGGUGGCCCCUCGCCCGCCUGUCCCGGCUGCUCCAAUGUCCCGCCGUCCGCCUCCACCACCCAAUUCACGGGAGGGGGCGGAGAGGAGGAGGAACAUGGAGAUGCAUGUCAGGGACCACAUGACACUACCGCCGUACGUUGUUAAUGGCGAAGCACUUAUCCAGUACGAUGCUCACGAAUUGGACGCUGGUCAUCCUGCUAGGUUGCACCGCGCCGCAGAUGUCCGAAGAGUAGCUGAGGAAGCACGACGUGCGUUUAACAAUGACCCAGCACGGAAGUGGACGAAGGCACAAGGGCAAAAAUAUCCCGAGGAAAUCAGAGGCGGCACCCAGUUUGGCAUCCCGCCAACCAUCAUUGGACACCCCUUGCUUGGCGGUCCCAGCACGUACCUUCACGGCCUGCCUGGACCCUGCCGCGUCUGGACCAACAAAAACGACUCGACCAAAGCAGAGGUGGUUUACCACAGCAAAAAAGAACGAGAUCGCCGGCUUGAGACACUGCGCCAAAAAGAGCAGAAUGUCUCUGACGGAAUUGACCGGCUCACCAAACAAAUCAAAGAAACAUCAAUCAGAGAACGGCCCCCGUUGAAAAAGCGCAUGACCGAGGAGGAAGCCCGACGGGCUAGGGUUCAACAGCAAAGCCAAAAUCUUCGCAGCAAAAAACAUGAUCCGUUUGUAAAGGCGGCGUACAUACCACCCGACACCAAGAAAGCGCCGCUCGUCCCGAACCUUGCAAACCCACAUCAGCGUCAGUACGAUCAAAAUGAACGAAGACAUACCUUUGCAUGCCAACAGUGUGGUGGGCAGGCACUGGUCAGCGACGACGGGAAAAUUAUCCAGCGAUGCCGGUGUGCAAAGCCGGAAUAA